UUGUGGUACAGCCGGUUAACCUGCCGGCUGCGAUUCCAGCAUCCCACAUUGGAGCACUGGUUCGAGUCCUGGCUCUUCUUCCUAUUCAGCUCCCUGCUAACGCACCUGGGAAACAGGCAGAAGGCGGCUCAGGUACCUGGGCCCCUGCCACCCGCGUGGGAGACUCAGAUGGAGUUCCAGGCUCCUGGUGUUGACAUGGCCCAGUCCUGGCCAUUGAAGCCAUCUGGACAGUAAACAAGCAGAUGGAAAAUUAUGGCAUCUACUAUGGAGACAACCGGUUCGAUGCGGCAAGCGAGUCGGGAACGGCCACGCUGAAGGCUCGGCCCAGAGUGCGGCCCCUGUUAACCUUCCUUCCUCUGAAUGCCCAGGAGAACCAUGGGCUGGCCGUGCCCACCCCCUCUGUCCCAGAAGACUUUGCAGACAAGGCCGUGACAGGCACCGGCACACUCGUCAAUGGCAAUCUGCGACUGUACAGCUCUGUGGGGGACCUCCGGCCUGGACACUAUGGCCAGGACCCGCUCAUCCCCCCACCACCCCCGGGCCCAGCCCCGCGGCCACCCCAGGACAUUUCACCACCUGCUGCGGAGUCCCCGCCACCCCCUCCACCUUCCUUGGCUCCUCCCCCACCUCCCCUGCUGCUGGAACCCCCACCCCCACCCAGCACAGCCCCACCUCCGCCCCCCAUAGCCGGGGCCCUAUCCCCCCCAUCCACCCUUUCCUCCCCUUCGACACCCACCCCUCCUGACUUCAUCCCCCCUGCCCCGCCCUUGGCCUUCUCAGCCCCGCCCCCACCCCCCAUGCCAGCCCCCGCACCCCCUGCACCAGUGUCCCCUCACACAACGGGGACCCGUCUCUUUCCAGCUGGGGGCGUCACCAAGUGGAAAUCGGAGGUGGCACUGAAUGGCAGGCAGCCAGAGGCUCCCAGAACCAGCCCCCCCAGGAGCCCUGCUGAGCUAAAGGGGGGCCCCCUGCCACCUAACCCAGAGCCCCACCUCACCUUCCCCCGUGCAUUCAAGGUGCCCCCUCCAACCCCAGCCAGGACUUCAUCCAUCCCAGUUCAGGAAGCACAAGGGACUCCCCCAGAGGAAGAGGGGACCACCAAGAAGACUCCCAACCGACUCUCACUGCCUCCCACCUUCCACAUCCGCCCCGCAUCCCAGGUCUACCCCGAGAGGGCCCCUGAGCCAGACCACCCUGGAGAGCUCAAGGCAGGGGCACCUGACAGCCCAAGGCUCUGCCAGUCCCAGACCAAUGAACAAGCCCCCGCCCCGCCCCCUCCUGCACCCCCCCUCCCUCCACCUGCUCCCCCCCUCCCCCCCGCGGCCCCACCCUUGCCUUCUGCUGAGAAGGCAGCCCCUCCACCUGCUGGGUUUACAAAAAGCCCUAAAUCCAGCUCUCCUGCUCUCAAGCCCAAGCCCAGACCCAAAUCCCCCAGCCCAGAAGACACGGCCUCUUCAGCUCCCGUGGACUGGUGGGACCCCAGCCAGAUGGAAAAGCUGCGGAGUGAGCUGGCCGCCUAUCUCUGUGGCUCCAGGAGAGAAGACCGCCCGCCGCUGGGUCCCAAGCCGGGCCCAACCGCGUCCUCCCAGGGCAAGGAGGGCAAGAGGGGCCCCAACCUGCCAGAGACCCAGGAAAUCGCCCGCGGUGCUCCUGGGACAAGUUCUCGCAGCGAGGGUGCCAGCCUGGCCCUACCCCCGGUGGACUACAUCCCCCAGGACCCCCCAGCUCCCAGCGUCCAGCAGAUCCGGAACGAGCUGGAGGCCCGGCUUGCCUUGGCAGCAGAGAAGGAAGCCAAGCCCAGCGUAGCCUCUGCACCUCCCAAAGGGGGAAGAAUCUUUGAAAACGGGGCUAAUGGCAAGUUCCCCAAGCCUGUGUCCACCUCCCCUCUGCCAGCCACACCACUCCAGUCCAAGGUCACACCUGGACCAGCCACAGCACCCAAGGCCACACUUGGACCACCCAAAGCCUCAUCUGGAGCAGCCUCACCAACCAAGGCCACGCCUGGACCAGCCACAGCACCCAAGGCCACACCUGGACCACCCAAAGCCUCAUCUGGAGCAGCCUCACCAACCAAGGCCACGCCUGGACCAGCCACACUAACCAAGGCCACGCCUGAACCAGGUACAAUACCCAAGGCUACACCUGGACCAGCUACACCACCCAAGACCACACCUGGACCAGCCACACCACCCAAGGCCACACCUGGACCAGCCACACUAACCAAGGCCACACCUGGAAUAGCCACACCACCCAAGACCAUACCUGGACCAGCCACACCACCCAAGGCCAUACCUGGAGCAGCCACACCAGUCAAGGCCACACCUGGAGCAGCCACACCACCCAAGGCCACGCCUGGACCAGCCACACCACCUAAAUCAUCACCUGGACCGGCCACCCCAGUCAAAGCCACACCUGGACCAGCCAGUGCCACAACUCAGCCCACUAUGUCGUCCCAACUGAUGGUGGAGAAGAACCUCGUUCCAGAAGGCCAGAGGGAGAAGUCAGAAUCUCGAGAGGAUGCUGUGCCCUCCCAGCCAAGGGCACAAGGGUCACCCUCAGGAGCCAGUAGGCUGCCCACCCGGGAAGCCCUCCCAUCUCCCACCCUCCCACCAAAGACCUCCCCUGGCCGGGAAGAAGUGCCUUUUGUCUAUAAGCCCCAUGGUGGCGGGCACGGCCCCAGCAGAGAGGUUGCCGUGGUGAUGCCCACCCUGGCCGGAGGAGAGGCUGCCGGGCUGGGGGACCCUGUCGGGGUGAAGGAGCCCCAGGGCCUGCCCGCUGACCAGCUCCUCAGACACCCGGUGACGGGGGAGGUGGUGGAGCGAGGCUCCCCCAUGGCCCUGCUCCUGGCAGCCCGGCAGAGGGCGCAGAAGGGGAGGCUGGGCGGGGCCACCGUGGGGCGGUCCUCGCUGCCCGGGAGUCUCCACGGCCACAGCAGCCCGCCGGAGGCCAGCUCCGACAGCAUUUUUUACAGCGAGGGCCGCCCCAACUCCUUCACUGUGGUCCCCAAGUCAGCCAAGGAGGUUGAGAGGGACUCUGCGCCCAGCUUAUCGGCCGGGCCCUCGGUUCCCAGCCAGUGGACGCCCCAGCCCCGCAGAGACCCGGAGGGCACAGAGCCCAUCCAUCGGCACAAAUGGACCAAGGCCGAGCCCCAGGCCCCUGUGGCCUGGGAACGGCCAGCUCCCCCCAACCUGCGCCAGGGCCGCCUGCUGCCCAAGUCCUUCUCGUCGCCACCGUCCCCUUCCUUCAAGAGGGAGGAGGAGGAGGAGGAGGAGUUCAACUAUGAGGUCAUCCCACCACCCCCGGAGUUCAGCAACGACCCCGAGCCCCCCGCCGUGCCCCUCCAGCAGCCCGGCCACAGGGGCUCCCCUCCCCGGAAGGACUUCUCAAACUUGGGGCGGCCCCUGGGCGCGGGCCCCGCGGCGGCUCCAGCUCCCAGCUUCUCGCGCUUCCCCAGGGCUGCGCCCUACUCCGAUGCUGCGGGACCCCAGCGCUUCUCGGGUGCCGGCCGCUCGCUCAUCAAGAAGCGCCUGUACGUCGGGGAGCCCCUGCGCCCCUCCGCGCUGCCCCGCAGCGGCCCCGGCCGCAGCCUGAGCACCCCCAACUGCUUUGGACCGCAGCCAGGAGCCCCCUUCGCUGCGUCCACAGGCCCCGAGAUGCGUCGGGUCAACUCGGCCGGCCGCGCGCCACCCGGCGGCCUGCACACACCCAGGCCGGCCCCGGAGGGUGCCCCCCGCGGCAUCGCAGAGGCCAGGCCCAGGGGCGGCAGCGGCGGUGGCAGCAGCGGCGACUACGGCUUUGCUCCAGCCGCAGGCAGGUCUCCCCGCAGCACCCCCCACUAUGGAAGCCCCAUCAACACAUUCACCGUGCGUCCAGGAACUCGACACCCCAUCUCCUAUGCCUACACAGGGGCCCACCGGAAAGCGGCAUCCUGAACCCAGGGUUGUCUCAGCUCUCCCCCGAGGGGUGGGACCUGGGCGCCUGUGCUUGUUGGGGGGAUGGGAUGGAUGCGGCAGGUGUGGGGCACAGAGGGGGCUGUGACCGGGGACCCACGGUGAGUGAGAAGCCGCAGGGAAGCUGCAGAGUGGUGUUUGCCGAACCACUGGUGGCUGUGGGCUGUUACAUGUGGGGGGUGGGAAGGGGCUGCAGGGAGGAGAGGGGGACUUUGAAGGCCCUGGGCUCUGGCUCUCUCCAGCGCUGUCUGUUUUAGCAAGACUUAUUUAAAGCAGUUUGACAAGCACAGCCUUAUGAGCAGAUUCUAAAAGCAAGGGUCCCGGCCCUCGCUGUGAAUCGGAAGCCAGGGGGAUGGCUGUCAAUGCCUGUCAGGCCCUCACGGGGGCCCAGGCCCAGCCCUGUCCAGCAGGCGCUACAGGUGGCUCUGUAGCCUCCACUCGUUGCCACCCCAAGAGGUGACCCCUGGGAUCCCCGGCCACACUGAAGCGGGACCAGGGGUAUGCAUGCCCAACUUGUGGGGAAGGUUCUGGAACAGAAGCCCUUGGCGUUGGCCAGGAGCAGGGGUGGGCAGAUUGAUGGUUUGUUUCUCCCUGGCUAUGAGGGAGGAGACCUGGCAAGUUUGAGAAGGGACAGAGGACUGGGGCUUGCAGACCCUUGCAACACUGACGUGGGGGACGGGGCCCAGGGAGCUGUGUGGUCAGAGGCCUUACAUGGCCGGCUCUUGUGGAAUUUGGAGGAGACUGCAAGUGCCCAGUAUUAUUGAGGCCUUCACACGUGUAGCUGGGAUGCUGGGAGAGUGGGAGGCAACAGAGAUGAGAACAGCUGUCCGAGAGGAGUUUGCUGCAGGAGAGGUUGAGUUUUGGAAAGUCACAAGUGGCAGGGCUAGGCCAGCUCCGAGCAGACGAGGCCCAUCAGGAGGGUGGCCCAGGAUUUGCUUGUUUUCCAGGGAACUAGACCCCAUUCCAUGUUUCAAAAAGGGUCCUGGUUUGAAUGAUACGUGGUUGCUAAGCAUAGCAGGGGGCAGCAUUUCUUGGUCUGGUGGCCUGUGUUUCAGUCGUGCCCCAGCACAGCACAGGCCCUAGAGAUAUGUUGUGUGUCCACUGUUUUAUAAAAGAGUUCACUAAUUUAUCUGCUCUGUUAAGGCUUAAGGGCUGGGGCGUGGGGAGGGCAGAGGAGGGCUGGGUCUCACUUGCUUUGGGAAAUAAACAGGCCGGUUUGGACUGGCCUCCUGUGCUGA